CUCGUCAAAACUUAUUGAGAUAUUCAGCAUCAGGAUGGCGACGGCCCACAGGAUCCGGGACAAGCACCUGACGUGCAGCAUAUGUUUCGAGCUGUACACGCGCCCCAAGACACUGCCGUGCAUGCACUCGUUCUGUGAGCACUGCUUAGAGAACCACAUCCAGGCUAAACGGGAUGACAAAGGCUUCGGUUGUCCCAUGUGCAACACCCAUACACUGAUGCCGGAUGCUGCUGCCCCGCCGGACAAAUGGUCGUCCCAGUUCAGGACGGACUUCAAGCUGACCGGCAUGCUGGAGGAGAUAUUUCAAAUUGAGCAAGAGAGGAGCGUGGUGAAGGACGUCAAAAAACUGAACAAGUUGGUGGAGGACCUGCGAUCUAGCGAGAACACCCUUCAGGACAAGAUCGAGUUGGACAAGCUGGCUCUGUCCAGAAUCAGCGUGGACCAGGACGAAAUCUCGCAUCAAAUCGCGGACGUCUUCUCUACCAUCAGGCUGAAGAUUCAGAGAAAGGAAGAGGCACUGAAACAACGCCUGAAUCAGCUCUGUGUUCAACGAAAGGACACUGUGUCGCGCAGUUGGCUCAGCAAGCAGAAGCUUAUUGAUCAGAUCAACUCCCAGAUAGAGGUGGGCGAGAGAUUGACCUCUAUAGCUGUCAAGGACACUUCUGAGGGCGAGGUGGAGAAAUUCCAUGAAGCGCAAGCCCAGUUUAAGAAAGCAGUGAAUAGUGCCACCAGUGUCAAUCUUGCUACGAUAGAACUCACUCUGAAGCAGGAGAGUAUCAUCAAAUUCGAUUCACUGGUGUUUUGUGAUAUUGAAACUGGCGUGUCUUCUUCCAAUGCGGACAAAGAGAAUAUUGAUGUUGCUCCCGAAACACCAAAGCCCAGUGAGGUUAAAGGGGCCAAAGUGGUCAAAGAGAUCAAGUCGGUUAAAACGGUGAAAGCACCCCAGCCACCGCAAAAGCCUGUCCAGACUAUCUUACCCCAAACAUCCACAUCGGGGGGAGUAGAGCGUCCUCAACUGGUCGCCAUUUUGACCCCCACGAAGGACGACUGUGACAAAGAACCUGAAUACCAAGACGUCGUUGUUCUUCGUGAAUCUAAGGUUCAAAUCGUUGUAGUUAGUGACUACAACAACAAACGAGUUGUAGUUCUUUACGUUCAGCAGGGAGGUAAGACCCAAAAGUCAAUCAAAUUAGACGGAAACCCGACACGACUGUGCAAACUUGACUCAACAAAAGUCGGAGUCAGCUGUAGCGACCCGUACCAGGUGAUGGUACUGACUGUAUUCCCAGAACUGAAGCAGGUCGCGACAAUCAAGACAACCAUCAACAAUCUCGGGAUCGCCGCCCUCAACCCAAAUACUCUGGCAAUAUCCAACAAAAACAAGAUCAGUGUCGUUACAACCACGGGGUCCAUCUUGAAGGAGUUUAAGACCAAGGUUGACAGCUCCUUCUACUCCAUGAGCUGGUACAUGGCGACGACGCCGACGGGGAGUAUCAUCGUUUCAGACCGUUACGGGGAGGUGAUCUCGUGCGUCACCCCCACAGGGCAGACGUUGUGGCAGUGGAAGACGCCGGCAGGGACCCCGCCGUCGGGGGUGGCGUGUGACAAACAGGGCCGGAUCUACGUGGUUCUAUCGGGAAUCAAGGAGGUUCACAGACUGAGUCAAACAGGGCAAUUUUUGGGUGUUGUUCUCAACAGUGACGAUGACUUGGUGCUUCCGUCUGCUAUGGACAUUGACCAGUUUGGCCAGUGGUACAUGUUAAAGAAGUCCCGCCAGAUCCAAAUCUUUAAACCACUUGUAAACUGAUGUGUUUGGCGUAUUGUUGUGGAAGGACAUACGAAUGGGUUCAAGCUAGGCGUAUAUGGUGCAACGUUUUUCCAAAGCCACCAUAGCUCCACUACCACUAUCAGCUUACGCUAGAAUACAGCUGUACCUCAGUGUUCGUUUUGUUUAAGUGGGCCCAGGUGUCAAGUCCCCAAUUUCACAAAGCGAAAUUUCUCAGAGCCAAGAUGUAUCUAACCACCCAUUGUAACACGGACGAUAGUCGUAGUGGAAAGAUCGCUCUGUGGAAUCACGUUUUGUUAAUUAGCUUCCAGAAACGUGGUGUUUGACUGAGUUUCAGCAGUGUGUAUUGUGUUUGUUGCAUGUAAGUUCCGGCAACAUCAACUCGAACAAUGUUGACGUCUCAACAACGACCGAUCAAAUUACAUGGGGGAACAGACACGAGGCAAGGAUGUGAUAGCGUGUAGAUAACCAGAGAUAGGUGAUCAAUGUAGUGAUCACGUCACAUGCUAGCAUUGUACAAAGUGACGUGGUUUGUUCAUGUGACACAGUACGUCAACUGCCGGGCAGUAGAAAGUAUACACUUGAAAACUGGAUUUGACCAAAACGUUUCAAACGUUGUCAAUACGUUACCAGGCUGAAAACAGUCGCUGAAAAACCACAAAGGUCCAAACGACAUAUAUGAUACUAGUAUGAAAUACAAAACGAUCGAAUAACCAUGUCUUGUUUGUUUAAUUUUACCCACCAUCGAAAAAUAUACGCAACUCUUGAUGAGUAUCUCAGACAUGUUAUCGUUGAUUAUAAAAACGAAAUGCAUUUUCCCGCACAAAUUUACAACAUUUAAACACAUGGAAGAUGUCAUGUGGUUGCAGAUGUAUUUCUUACCCCCGUCUUCAUUGAACCAAUAUAUUUUUACACAAACAUUACCCUGACACGGAUUACUUUUUACAAACUUGUUAAGGUAUGGGCGAUGGUUAAACACAUAUUACCAAUCUAACAGCAGUUGUUUCAAUUUCAACAUAAAAUACAAACACGGUAUACGUUCUAUUGCCCCUCAGUUUCUGAGUUAUUUUCUCCAUCGGUAUACGUGCGGUGAAGAAGAAAUGCGGAUCCUGCUGACAAUAGCUGGAUAAACGUGUUCUGAAGCUUAAGGCUGCGUAGAAUCUUGGUUGGUUAAGAGUACCCACUGAAGUGCAGCAUGUGUGGCAAUUAUUUGUAACAGGCAAUUUAUAUUCAGAGAACUAUACUACUCAAAAAAAGUAACAGAACACCCGAUAUUUUCCCUAUGAUUAUCGGUGAGGUGAGGUGAAAUUGGGUUUAACGUCGCGUGCAUGCGGAUAAUUAGUAAACCUACCUGCUUUGGAUCCCGGCAGAGAUAUUCUGCAAUCAGUUUGCUUCUGGAAACGAUCGUGUAAGGGUUGGUGGGGUAGUCCAGUGAUUAAAGCGUUCGCUCUUCACGUCGAAGACCCGGGGUUCGACUCCCUACAGGCGUACGGUGCGUGAUAUUGCUUGAAUAUUGCUAAUACUUGCGUAAAUCCUCACUCGUUCCUUAGAUCGUUUGAUCAGAAUGAGGGAAUUGAAUUGUGAUUAACGUUGCGUUGAACAGUCUUACAGUUAUAUCACUGCGUGUUUGCUUAAACUAGGAAGAAAGCCCGAAAUGAUGCAGGUCUUAGACAUUUACCACUUUCGUGCUGAGAAACCACGGGUCACUAUCAUCUAAUUUGUAGGCGGAGUUUAUUUCACCUCACAGUCGGCAAUCUAUCAUGAAAUUCACUUCUGCCUGUAAAUUACCGUGUCUCGGACAGGCAAACCGGUGGUUGAUAGCAUGAGCAGAGAUAUAUGGAGUUACAUAAUCAGCAUUGACGACAAACGCGGCGAGUUGAGGUGAAAUGGGGCUAAACGCUCAAGAGUAUUGCAUUAAAUAACGACAUGUACCUGCACGUGCGUGUGUGGCUGCUUGUACCAGUCUGGUACUUACGUCGGCUAUAAAAUAUAGCCUCAGACCGCUGAGAUACCAUCUCGCAGUUUAACAUGGAUUCCCCGGUCUUAUCCCCGUUUACCGGGCAGGGUAACAAGUACCCUCAUUUAGCGUAUUUUUUAACAACGCGAUAAGGGGGUCGAACCACGCAGCUUCGCGACACCCAUGCACGCAUUGGGAGUAGUGAGUGAGAAUAUGUUCAGGGCUUUGACACCACCUCAAACAUCCCCUAAAGGCUGCCUUGGUACAAUGGGUCUUGGCCGGGUCGCUCUAACGCUUAAAUCAAUGUUAUAAAUUAUUUUUGAAUGUAUAUAUGUAAGUAGAUAUAACACAAAUUUUAAACACGUGAUUUGUAUUUCAUUUUAUACAAUGUGAAUUUAAUGUCAAACAGCAUGAAUAAACACAUAUAUUUUUUCA